CCAGCUUAUUCCUUCAUCCAUCUCAAACAAACUAAAGAACACACACCAACAAAUAGACCCUACAAAAAGAAGCCUGAUUUGGACAUCUAUAAUUUUCCACCAUGUGUUCUCAUAAUGGAUUGUUAGUGAUGCUGCUGUUUCAUCUUUGCCAGGCACAAGAUGAUGCUCUCCCCUCUCCUGACCCCGAGCCAGCCCCACCAAACCUGGGUGAAAUGAUUGAUGCAGUGAAGGCAGCCUUUGAGCAGGCGGUACAGAUCUCGACAACCGGUACCGUACGCGAGGCCUUGGAGCAGGUUGUAGGUGAACUCGUGCCACAGAAGACUCAGGCAGAGCAUUCACCAGCAGUUGGGACCGAAGCAGAUUAUACAACAGAAGAAGCAGCUAAAGAGGAGGCAGUGGUGCUCACUGCGGGAGAACCACAUGUCCUUAUGUCAGAAUCAAGUAAACAGACAUCUCAGCAACCAGCUCAAGAAGGACUGACUCAAGAUACAGAACCUGCAGACGAGAUUCAAGGACUAGCCAAGUCCUCAAUUUCAAAGCCAGAAGAGAAAUCCGAAGAGAAACCAGUGGAGCUGGUUCUUGAGACAGUGGAAUCAAUUUUGCAAGACUAUGACAUUGUUGAAGUGGGUAAACCAAUGGCAGAGGAAAGCCAUUCAGAGAAAUCAACCGUCCAGCUGUACACUGAUACACAAAAAGAAAACGAAUCAGAAAGAGGAGCUUUGGAAAUGAACAAGGGAAGCAAGGAGGCUGAAGAAGAAGAUUUAGAAGACCCAGAAAAGGGAUUUAUUGAAAAAGAGCCUCAGUUGUCUGAAACAGAGGAAAAGACUGCAAAAGGGGAACUAGAGAACGUAGAGGAGCCAAUAGAGGUAAAAGUACAAGGACCAGAAGAAGAAGACUCUGUGAAAAGGCAAGAUACAGAAUGGGCUACAGAAUCAGAGCAUAGUCAAGAGGAAUGGCAGGCAGUAACAGCACAGAUGGGUACAGAUGGUGGUGUGUCUGAUAUGGAUGAAGUAGAACAGGAAGAGGAAGAACAGGAAGUAGCAAAGUCUCAAGAAGGUGUGACUGAAGUUAAAGCAAGAAGAGAGGAGGAACAUUCCAGAUCUGAGGCACAACUCCAGAAAGUUUCAACACAGGAGGAGGUUCCCCCAUCCGCCAAAACAGUACCAAAGGAAACUCAACAGGAACCCGGUAAAACAGAUUUUACAGGUAAAGCACAUGAGGCCAGUGAUGUAAAUGAGAUAAUCACCUCCAGGGACCCAAACAAGAAUAAUCAUGGUGUGCCUGUUUUGAUGAACACUGUUGAGGAGCUUCCACCAACACCAGAUCUCAAACUGAGACUCGGAGAUACUGACUCUACACAGAGCAAAGCCACAGGGCAGGAAGCAUGGAAGAUAGGAGCCAUAGCAGCAGCUUUCUUUCUCAUUCUGCAAACUGCUGUCACCGUUGUCUACAUUCUGAAGUGCAGGACCAAGCCAAAUAGCAGUGUGGCCCUAAAGAAGAUCUGUACUAGAGGAAACGGAGGUAUAGAAGGGGACGUAAAUAACACAGAUACCACCGUUUCAAUCGAUGAACAAACCGCUGCAGAUGACCUUCCAGAGUACUCACAGGUCCAGCAGGAGGACAUUGCUAUGACAACUAUCCCACUGGAUUCCAUAGAGAAGAAUUCAUCCUGUGACCCCAGAACCUCAGUUGUUUAGCAUUGCUGACCUUAAGGAAUAUGAUUCUUAAUCAUAUAAGUGUGUGUAUGUGACUGAGAGUCUGACUGUCUGAGUCA